CCGCUCUGUUGUAUGGACAGGACAAGGCGGGGAUAAAAGAGACGGAAUCGCAAUUCAUGCGCCGAAAGGCUUCCCGGAACUUUAUGAGUGUGGCCUCACGCGUCCAUCAUCGUGCUGCGCGUCAACCAUCUGAGAUGCGCUUUGCGCUCUCGGAGAUUUGCUGUCGGCGUGAUGGCAUCUCCUAAUGCCUUUCUCCUGUCGCCAUCACGAAGCAGCAACCAGAAAUCUCGCUUCUUUCCCUCAUCGUCGCCGGAUUUGCCAGCAGUCGGAGACAUAUUGUCACCCAAUGCCAAAAUCCGGUCUCUUAAACAUGGCAACCAAGCGUUGGUCAUCUCCUCCGACGAGGAGACGGAAAUCAAGAAGGCGGGCAACAAAGAGCAUACCGAACCUCUACUUGUUGGGCCGACUCCCUCAGUUUCAACCAGAUCUCGCACCAUGGAACCAGAUGAUAGUUCACUGUUAAUUAUUGAACCCCCUACCACACAUACGCCAGAGGCUCGGAGACACCACGCAACACCUCCUAAAUUCAGAGCGAAGUCGAGCUCUCCCGUGAAAGAUGAGCGCUGGAAAAUGUUCAAGUCCAAAGCAGAUAGUCCAAAAAGUGGGAUUGACGAGGCAAUACCCAUGGAAAUCGACAUGGUUGAGCCACCCUCUGCUCAGCAGCCGACGUUUGACCUAUCUUCUCCUGCAAUCAGAACCAAGUCUACACGGGCUGAAAACGAUAUCAAUGAGCCGCUCAUGCUAGAAGCGGCUACGGUUCGGCGCCUUGACUGGACUCCUCCAUCGAAUAAGACCGCAGCUAUUCUUCCGUUAGGUUCCCCCACUAUUGACGGCCUACAUUCACCAGGAGAAGCCCAGGAAGCGUCUAAAAGCUUUGAGCAGAUUCUUGAAGCCUACAAGUGCACCAUGGAUAAUCUGCAGCAAGAUGCCAGCAUGGCCUCGGAUUCAGAUACCUCCAUACUAAGAAAGCGGAAACUCGUCGAACUUGUUACGACAUCUGCAGCGCCUACAGAGCCGUCUCCUGGGGUGAAAACCAAGGCCCCUGUAAAGCAGAAAGCACCGAAGAAAAAGCCGCGCACCUUGACGGAAAUUGCAACAUCGGCGUAUAGAGUUCCAGAUCCUUCAGAACCAGCGCCGCCAGUCUUAGAUGACGACGCUACAAGCACAACCAAGGAGUCAGAUGCCCCAGCCGCUAAAGGGAAAAGCAAAGCGAAGCCGAGAAAGAGGAUAUCCAAGGGUGCAGCUAAGCAAAAGAAGAAAGCAACUCCACCCCCACGACCAAUUUUAUUACCUCCAACAGAGGCGCUCCAAGAAGUCGCAAGGCAAGAUUUUGUAUUUGGAACAUCAAGCCAACUAGCAAUUGAAAACUCGCCUACUUUUCUACGAGAGCUUCACGCUGCAAUGAGACGCUCGAACCAAACCGAGUAUAUAGAUCUCGAUACUCCUCUAAAUAGCGACGGCAUCGAGCCUCCGGAACGGAAGAGACUGUGGGCCGCUGCUGCUCGCGAUGUUGACGGAGAUUUAUUCGAUCUUGAGAUGAGCAGAAUCAUAGAAAGGUCAUCUCAGCUGCUACCUGUGGCAGCUGACGACGAUCCAUUCGGUUACACCGGCGUCGAUAGAAAGAUUACUGUGUCUGCUGUGAGUGUCGAUGGAGUCGAUACUAGUUUACAACACGUGUCCCUCAUCGACUCUGCCAUAAUUCCACAGCGCGAAAACAUUGAGCCUAUCCAACUAGUGGACGAGGACUCUGUGCUAAUAGGUAGUGAUAUCUCUACUGGAUCACCGAUACAGCGGCGCAUCAAAUCUGCUGCCAAUAGUCAACCCACAGAACCAAAAGACCCUUGCAUAGACGGCGAUCCGCAGCAAUCCGAGCCCCCUGUUUCAAAACCUUCCUUCGAAUUGUUCACAGAUGCCCAACUCUCCAAAGAAAUCGCCUCCUACGGCUUCAAGGCGGUCAAGUCGCGGCAAGCCAAAAUAUCCCUGUUGGAGCAGUGCUGGCAAGGCAAAAAUCAGUUAGAGCAUCCUGGUUCCAAGAGAACGCUUACUACCUCUGCAGCUAUAGGAGGAAAUGCUGCAAACAAUGAGGUCAAAACCCCUCGAGGACGACCAAGAAAGAAUAGUGCCAGCUCACCUGAGGUGCACGAACCUCCACCAUCUGCACAGGCGCCUGUUUCACCAUUAAAACGAGGGAGACCUAAGAAGGCCGCUUCGACCACCAAACGCAGCACGGCGAGCACUUCUAAAGGCAAAAAGGUGUCGACAGAGACUGUAGCAGAAGCAUCCACGGCGCGAAAGCCCAAAGCAGCGGCUGUCAAAGCUGUUGUGGAAAUUCCGGAUUCCGAAUCCGAUAGCGAUCUCGGCAUGUCGCCGAAUCCGAGCUCAUCUCCCGAGUCUGGAUUCUCACCGCCGCCAGCAGUCGACCUCUCCUUGUCACUCAUGGACGAUACGGAUCCAUCGCUAGUACUCACCUCAACUCAGGAUCGGUCUCUCAGCUACGAGUACAUCACUAAAGCUGUAAAAUCGGCGCCGAGAACAACCGAUCCGGCAAACCCUUCAUGGCACGAGAAGAUGUUGCUCUAUGAUCCAAUUGUGCUAGAAGAUUUCACUACGUGGCUGAAUUGCGGGCAAUUAACGCGCGUGGGCUUUGAUGGCGAAGUGAGCACCAUGGAAGUGAAGCAAUGGUGCGAGUCAAAGAGUAUAUGCUGCCUAUGGAAAGUGAAUUUGCGUGGUAAAGAAAGGAAACGAUAUUAAUAAAGCAUGGAAGAGCAUGGAUACGGACGUAUAGGAGUUUUUGGCGGGUUAUAUUUUCUCUUCCUCUUGUUCUAUAGCCUUUUUACGAUGUUGCAUAGGAAUUUUGUAUAGUAUAUGCCAUGAUGCUUCUCACGACGCAACGUUAUUCAGAUGUUAUUACUCAUGAUCUUUGCAGGCCCAUUUUAUCUCC